CUUCUCUCUACAACAUCAACGUAUCGCCUUCCAUAAUCUCAUACAUUGGAUUGUGUCGAGAACCACAAGGCAAAUGGACGACCUCUUCCGCACGGGUUCGAGACAAUACCCUCAGCGUGACAGAGUAUACCUCGCGCAACCGGAUCGAGCCUUUCGGAGCGUGGGUAUGAGCAUUGUCCAUGUUGGGACGCCGGACAUGCGGUCAAGUACAUGGUCUGGGCAUCUGCAGCCUUGUUCGUAACAUGUCCAAGAUCCUCACUGUAUAUGGGCCACCGGCUCUGAAUAUGUGCUCUCCAUCACAUCAGGCUAGAUGACAAGAAUAUUCUAGAUAAUCACGAGCAGCUAUGGCGACUUCUCGCAAACCGUAUGAGCGAACAUCUUCUCACCGGACCAUCGCUGAUGACGAACUCCGUCUCCUGAACAGCUCGCACGAGAUGCAGUCGCUGCAUUCGGCGCAAGGAACGUCCACGCAGCCAGAUGCCGCCGCGCAUCACCAGCCCGAGACAGCCCAACUCACCGUUGGCCCACCAAAGACGGCACCAUUCCUUGACCGAGUGGCAUCUGCUCUCCGAACUUACUGGGUACUCGAACUCUGCUCCGUCUCAUUCUCCGUGGGUGUACUGAUCGCUCAGGCGCUCAUCUUGCACCACAAGAUGGGCGACCGCUCGUUGAUGAUCAACAGCAGCAAGACUGGCUGUUUGGCUACUUCACCCUCAACGGCCUCAUCGCACUGCUAUCGACCCUUGCUGAAGCGUCCAUGGGGCAUAGCAGGAGGCGUCAAGCUUGUGUUUCCAGGCAUUCGACCACAGAUAGCUUACGUUGGCGCCGUCAUCCUGGUCCUGACUUUGCUUUUUGACACCUUCAACCAGCAGGUGGUCGGUACUCGCGCCGCGUACCAAGAAGUACUUCGGAUGCCGAACAUAUCGGCGGCGACUGUGAACAUGGACUACACCAUGGAAAGAUCUCUGGACACCUUUACUGCUCCGCUUGCCGCGACAGCGGCUAUGUACGCUUCCAUCUUUGAUCCGUCAAGCAUCACCUUCCCCGCCGCGCAGUGCGAGACCGGAAACUGCACGUGGCCGAUAUCUCCCACGCUGUCACAUUUCACUUCGACCUGGGACUCUUCCGGGAACCCUGUUCUCAUGGCACAAGAAAUGUACCCCGGAUUACCCGCGCUGUCGGUGUUUGCUUACUAUGAGAGUAGCACAUAUAACGAGAGUGAUGUUGUAUAUAUAACAAGAUUCUUGGUACUCGAUAGUUCAGGUCGCAAUGCUACUUCAGCACUGGCCUACACUUGUGGAGUUUGGAUGUGUGUCCAGACUAUCAAUCACACCGUUGAGCUGGCUGCGCAGGCGGAAACAGUAGGGUUCUCAUUCUCGCAUACCGACUACAACCUCAGAGCAAAUCCGAACCAGGUGUGGUUCAACUUCACGAGCUUGCCGGAAUCUCUCAUAGUGCCCGAAACUGUAGGAACGUUGACUGGAAACGGUGUAAGCUCAAAGACUGGCAACUUCUCUGUAUUGAACUAUACUACUACCGGACUGUUCCGAUCCCUCGGCUUGCUCAACACCACUGUCACAUACAGCGCCGACGGCCAGUACUCGUACUCUAGCGAUGUUGCGCGUGCGCUAUAG